AUGUCGACGAACACACCGGCCUCGCCGCGCGGCAUGGCCAGCAUGUCCCGCCCCAUCAUGCAGUCCAUGCCCGACAACCGCACCCAGUCCUUUGACGAGAUAUACGGGCCACCCGAAAACUUCCUUGAGAUAGAGAUCCGCAACCCGCGCACGCACGGCACGUCGCGCAACAUGUACACGGACUACGAGAUCGUGUGCCGCACCAACAUCCCGGCCUUCAAGCUGCGCCAGAGCACGGUGCGGCGGCGCUACAGCGACUUCGAGUACUUCCGCGACAUACUGGAGCGCGAGAGCGCGCGCGUCACCAUCCCGCCCCUGCCCGGCAAGGUCUUCACCAACCGCUUCUCCGACGACGUCAUCGAGGGCCGCCGCGCGGGGCUCGAGAAGUUCCUCAAGAUCGUCGUCGGCCACCCGCUGUUGCAGACGGGGAGCAAGGUGCUGGCGGCUUUUGUGCAGGACCCGAACUGGGAUCGCAACGCCUGGUGA